UGAGCAUUUUGAUGUUUUUUGUCGCAAACAAAUUUUGUAAACAAAAAUUUAUUUAUUUAUUAACAAAAAUAUACCAAAAAUUAUACAUAAAUAAAAAGAAUGCAAUCACCUAUAACUUGUCGUGCGUGUCUAACUGAGAUUACUCUUCAGUAUAUAUCACUAGAUACAACUCUCUACGAUACCACUGUGCUAGAUGUUUUUAAUUUUUGCACCAAGCUCAAAGUGAGACUAAACGAUGAUUUUCCCACCAAUAUGUGUGUUCCUUGUGUAACAUCCUUACAAACAGCUUAUGAUUUUAUCAAAACUGCAUUAGAAACCGACCAAUUCCUUCGCGGGAACAUAACACGGGCUGCAAAGAAAGACCCACUUGCAGAUGACAGUGAUAAAAAUGUUAUUCAAAGUAUUAUAAAGAUUGAAAAUCGUCGGGGAAGAAAUUAUCUUGAAGAAUAUAUAGAAGAUAAUAUAGAUGAAGAUGAUAAGAACAGCACACAAAUUAAAAAAGAAAUUGAACAAAUCAGAUUUGAAGUCCUAUAUCCAAUGGAUGACGAUCAACAAGAUGGUUCCCAAAGUUAUUUCCAAUCAAUGGCUAAAUCAAAAGUAAUUCAACAGAAUAUCGAAAUAGAAGAAUUAAAUAUCAAAAACGAGAAUGGUAAUGACUGCAGUCGAAAAGAACACUUAAAAAGCAACGAACAGGUUAUGAAAGUAGUUGAACUCACAUGUUGCGGAAACCCAAAAAUGACAAGAAUUAGAAAAAGAAAGAAAAAUCCAAAAAUUAAAAAAAGUAUUAUAUCUGAAAAAGUGAAUGUCUUGAAAAAAGAGAACGAUUCGUCAGUAAAACAAAGAAUCCGUUCUUGUUCUGUGCGUGAAAUCAAUAGGGAUAGAAGACAGAAUGGUUUUUUUAAUGCUACCUUCUUAAAAAUUAAAGAGCAUGAUAGUGCUCAAUUUUUUAUGUAUACAAGAAUGCAUCCUGCAAUGUUUGACGAACUACUAAAUUUGGUCUCACCAUUUAUGAUAAAAACUUCAAUCAGAGAACCAAUCUUACCCGAAUGUCGUCUGGCUCUUUUCCUUCAUUACUUGUCACAAGGCGAGUCUUUUCCUUCGCUGGCCUUGUCCUUCAAGUUAGGAAAGGAAACUAUUCGCAAAAUAAUAUUGGAAACGUCAGAAAUAUUGUGGAGAGCUUUACAACCUACCUUUAUGUCCGAACCAGAUUCCCACGAUUAUGAAGUGAUCCGCGAGGACUUCUGGAGAUUGUGGAAUAUACCGAAUUGCAUCGGUGCAAUCGAUGGUAAACAUUUUGGCCUGCGUAAGAAACGCUCUUGUGUAGUUAUUAUAGCAGUUUGUGAUGCAAAAUAUAGAUUCACCCACGUCGACAUUGGAGCCUAUGGAAAUCCAUAUGAUAGUGGAAUAUUUCAAGCCAGUUGCAUUGGAAAGAAGCUUUUAAGUAAUCAUUUUUCAAUUCCCCAGCGUAGGAACUUGCCAGGCUCAGAUAUUGAAGUUCCGCAUUACUUUGCCGGUGAUGUUGCUUUGCCGUUGACUACCAACAUCAUGCGACCAUAUGCGGGAACUCUUCUUCCACCAAAUGAAGAAAACUUUAAUCAAAUACUCUCUCGGGCUCACCGGACAAUUGAGAAUUCGUUUGGUAUUUUAGUGGCACGUUGGAGUGUUUUGCAAACGGCACUGAAUAUGCUCCCGGAAAACGCCGAGAAAGUUAUUUUAGCUUGUUUUGCCCUUCAUAAUUUUAUAAUGCUAGAUAAUGGAGCUGAGAAUUAUUGUCCUAGCAAUUAUGUCGAUUGGGAGGAUUCUAAUGGACAAUGGUAUGAUGGGCUAUGGCGAAAUGAAAUUAACAUUAUUAUUCCGUCAAUAAAACCAUCUCAAAAUUCUCACCAAUAUGGUGGUAAAACAUCAACAACUAUCAGAAAUAAUCUUCGAGAUUUUUUGUUCGAAAACAAAAGUACCUAAAUAAAUACAAAAAAAUUUAAA